AUGCCCCCCAUCAACUUCGGCAGCUAUCAGACGAAGAUCUACCACGAAGGUGCAGCGCUGGGUAGACUUCCUGCCGUAACCACAAACCCGACACUCCUCGAACACCAUGCCCGGAAAGUUCUCAGUCCGCGGGCAUACAGCUAUGUGGCCGGCGGGGCAGGAGAAAAGGCAACGAUGGAUGCUAACCGGCUGGCAUUUCGACAAUGGAAGUUCGAAUUUGGAGAGCGGGGAAAAGGAAAUUGA